UCCAACUCGAAUUUCAAGUUGGACCUAGGUUCACGACUAGAGCCCGAAAAACUCAGGGCAGUUCACACUAGGCAGAACGCCCUAGCGUAGAAUGCGCAGCAUUCCCCGCUUAUCGUAAGUCGUAGCAGCAGCUCGCGCAGAUUGUGACGCGGCCCGACUCCCCAUCCCCGAGCCAGCCCUACUGCAGAGGCGCAAUCCCCUUUGCCCCCUCUGCCCAAUGGCAGACGGCGAAUCGCCCACUCCCCCAACUCCCCAAUGGUAGAGUCCCACUCCUUCGCUGCUCUACCGAUUGGCAUGACCCCGCGGCCCCAUAUGUUCCGACCCUUACCAUCUUCACCCAAUUACAUCCGACCUCGCCUGCCUUCCUCUCACCCACUCUCCCUCGCCACUCCCCUAAGAUAUCCCCACCUCUUACCAUCUCCCCUCCUCUCCCUGCUUCCCUCACCUCGGUGAGGCUGUCCCUCCUCCCCAUUAAUCCUGUCUAGCCUUUCUCCCCUUGCGGCUCCCUUUUGCCGUCCAUGUGCUCGUUGUCUCCCCUCACUCUUUCCAUACUUACACUCGUUCCUUUCCUCUGCUAUAGACCGUGUCUUGUGUUUCUGCCCCCCUCACUCUCCUGUUGCCCAUUCCCUUGCUCGCAACCUCCCCCCUCACCUCUUCCCUCAUAUCCCUGAGUCUCUCCUCUCACGCAGUGUCCCGCUUCCCGUUCAAACCCCCACCUGCCUCAUCCCUCCUCUCCCUUUUCCCCCCUCUACUCUGUUCCUUUUUUUUCCUUCCGCACGACCAACCCUUCAUUCCAGCUCUCCCUACUGCCUCUUCCACGCCUUCUCCCCUCCAGGUGCACCUUUCCCCCCCCCUUCCUUCUACCCCCCUCUCUCUUCUUCAACCCUCUCCCUUAUUCCAGGUUCUGUGACGUUGGUGUCUCAUGUCUUACGGUCAAAUAAAACCCGUGGUCACGGCCCAAGCAUGCUGCCAAUUUUGGGAGUGGUUGAUUUGCGCGGUGGGCUUCCCAUUUUUGUUAUCAACGUUCCCACUAGCUCCUUGGUGCCAAGGAGCGAUGCACACAGUGCCUGGAGUUAGCAGGGCAGUUGCAUGUCUUGUUUGUACUCACAGACACCCAUAACCUAGUGGGGCACAUCGUCGGUCUUGCCCUUGUUCCAAGGCACUCAAGUUCCAUGGCAACUGUACUUAUAAGUGUCAUCACUUCACAUCUCUGCUGCCUGUCCAGAGACAGUGUGAUUGGUUUGACUGCUUGGGUGACUUGUUUGGGGGGUAUAAAAGAUCUGAUUGGUGCAUUGGUGCAUUAUAAGGCGUAAUCGAAGCCUGCAUU